UAGCCCAAUUGCUUUGUUAAUCAAAAAAACCUAAUUGACUCAAAUUGCGUCGCGUUAAUUACUCUGAUUACCCUAAAUUUUACCCAAAAAAUACAUGUAAACUCCUUAGAAUUGAUUCCGCCCGCCUCUCCGAUCUCGAAUACUGCUGCGAAUGAAAUUGUAUGUGAAAUGAGAAUUAAGGAUUGUUGUUGAAUUCUGAAAGUUAAGUAUGUCAAAAAACAAAGAUGAAAGUGGCGGUCAGGAUGCCGCAGAACGAGUCAAGGCUGCGGCUCUAUCGGCUGCAAAGGGACUCAGCCGCGCACAGGCCGAGCGUGCAGCUGCAGCUGCUGCUCGUAAUGUGAAUGCGUAUGGACAGAAGGAAGAGGGGCCGAGUCGGUGGCAAGAGCGAAAGGAAGCUAAGAGGCAAAUGUAUUUGAUGAGUACUGAGAAACAAGUGAGAUUGGGCGAAAGGAAAGACCCCAAGUCCUUGGCAUCUGCCCUCGGGGCUGCUUCCCAAUGCCAGAAGUGCUUCCAAACAGGGCAUUGGACGUAUGAGUGCAAGAACGAGAGGGUUUAUAUCUCGAGACCAUCACGUACACAGCAAUUGAAGAACCCGAAACUGAGGAUGAAGCCAUCUAUUUCAUAUGAUUUGGACAACCCGGCUAUUCGGGCAGAAAAGAAUGAAAAACAUGAGAAGAAGAGUAAGAGGAAGCAUAAGUCGGAUACCGAGUCUGAUAAGGAUAGUGAGGCUUCAGUAUUUGAGUCAGACAGUGCUGUUACUGGAUCAGAUGAUUCUUCUGGGGAGAGUGAGUCGAGUUACAGUUCAUCCACAGAUUCGGAGGAAGAGAGGAGGAGAGAACGGAAGAACAAAAAGAAGAAGCAAAGGAAGAGGAGGCACCAGAAGUACAGCUCCUCAUCCGAGUCCUCCGAUUCAUACACGGAUUCAGAAUCCGAUUCCAAGGACAGAAGCCGGCAAAGGAAGAGUAGCAGAAGGAGGCAUAGCCGUAAGCAUUAGGGCAAUCGAGUUUAUUUAGCCAGUAAUGUGGAAGUUUUUAGCAAAGGGGCUCGAGAUAUUGGAUCACAAUCCUUUCGAUAAUCAUAGCAGAAAAAUGUCAUUCUAAUGUUGAUCCUUUGUUCAUGCUACAGUUGUAAGAUUUUCUCAACAGCUCGACCGAAAUCGUCAAUUUCUUUAUAUUAUUUCUUCGUCAGUUUGAUUAUCAUGAAAGUGAGAUGUUAUUUUGCUCAGUUGCCUAUAAAGCCUUAUCAUAUCUAUGAUUUUUCCUAGUUUUUCUUGUAGCAAAGCCAAUGAAUUUUAUGUAUUAUUCUCAUGAAUGCUACUACUGUUUUGAUUUA